AUGUGCGACCUCGCUCAGGUCUUGCCUGACUUCAACCUCAAGCCUUACUCGCACCUACUCCAUUCCCUAGAAAAGAAUGAGUUUACUGUGACCGACUUAGUGUCUCUGGAUCCUGUUGAAAUUGCUCGCCGAUGUCCCUUGCCGCUACUUGACGUUCGUCGUCUCAUAGCUGAUGUGAUCGAAUGGUUGCAGAGGGAUCUCAAUAUGCUGCCACCCGUACACUCCAUCAGCAGCGAUUUCCUCGCCCCCGACAUGUCGUCCGACUCUUCUGUCAACCCUGAGCCUACUCGAAGCCAAAAUAUGUUUGUCCGCACCUUGGAUCUGGAGAUCGACGCUUUAUUAGGAGGAGGGUUUCCUGCCGGCUAUGUUACGGAAGUCGUUGGCGAAAGUGCUGUUGGAAAGACCCAGAUCCUUUUCGGCCUGCUGCUGUCCGUCCAGUUGCCUGUGCCCCAAGGUUUGGGUAAGGGCGCGCUCUAUAUCAGCACCGAAGAUCCUCUUAAUACCGUCCGCCUUGCCGAGAUACUCCAGUCCCAUCCAUAUUACGCUCAACUGCCAGACAGCGACAUCCCGUCCUUUGAUCGUAUUCACGCCAAGACUGUCACGAACCUGGCCGUUCAGCAGCAGCUCAUUGAGUUCCAGCUGCCCAUCGCCGUCGAACGACUGGACAUUGGCUUGAUAAUCCUGGACUCAGUUGCUGCCAACUUUCGCGCUGAUCGAGACGUGGCGACAACAAACGGUCUAGUUGACCGGGCAGUAGACCUUGCCAAAGUCGGAGGUAUAUUGCGCCGGCUUGCAGUGGAAAAGAACAUUGCCGUUGUUGUCGCAAACCAGGUUUCGGACCGCUUUGCUGAGAGUCUAUUUCAGCCCUCACAGGACCUGAUGCGAUCAUCCUCGCCAUCCUCGUCGGUUGCCACGCCAUCUCAGCUGGGCAGUCGUCGAUCCGAACGGGAUUCGAAAAUGACCCUGGACCACCAAUCACGCUUUUUCACGGGCUGGGGCGACAAGCCUGCUUACAUGCAUCAAGAAUUGAAGGCGCCUGCCCUCGGUCUCGCUUGGGCCAACCAAAUCGAUGCGCGCAUCGUUCUCAAAGUCGAAGCAGAAACAUCCAAGGCGGCAGCCGCAGUUGGCAAACGUCGACGGUUCAUGAACGUCGUCUUCGCUCCGUGGGCAGGCCAGAGAACGAAGCCUCUCGAAUACAGUAUCGAGCAGCAGGGCAUCGUCGCGAAGGCUGACGACGGUCUCAAGAGCGAACACCAGGAACUCUUGGAUGAGACUCUGUGGGCAGAUGCCGAUGACGAUGAGUUUCCCUAG